AGCCAGCAGAACCUCACUUUCAUUCUGCACUUGGUGAUGGGGUGGGGGGCAGGAUGCACUAAGAUGUUCCAUCCCCCCCAGGAAACAGAUGGUAACAAUGUUGAAAACAUUACUGCUUCUUCCAGCACCCUUCUGUGUCCCCACCCUACUGCACCCUGCCAAAUCCCCAGUUCCUUCUUUCCCAGGGCCGAAAUGGGUAGUCAACUCUCUCUCUCCCUGGGCACCAAGGUGGGUGGGAUGAAAAUUCUGUAUUUAGUGAACCGUUCUCCCUCUUUUCUUCCCAUACUUUCUCAGUCCUCUUCAAUUCAUGCUCACACUCCCUUUUUAAUACUUCAAGCACCAUUUCUCAGGCUAGAGCUUAACUCACCAUACAUCAUCCAAUAGUUAACACUUUUCUACUACAUGUGGGGCACUGGACCAGGCAGCAGGGAGUAGGGGGCACACAGGGAGUAGGGGGCACACAGCAAGACAGGAGCCUGCCCUCUAGGACUCACCAUUGAAUGGAGGAAACAGGCAUGCCAGGCUAUACAGUCUCAGUGUAAAGAGAAGCCCCAUUUACUUAAUAACCAGGAUAAGGUUUGGGAAGUAGAUGACUUUUAUGGAGGCAGGUAAAAGGUCCCAGGAACCAUCUUUCUGAGAAGCUGAAAGGCAUUCAGGAGGAGGAAAUGCAGAAGCAAAAGCCCAAUAAGAAAGAGCCAGGCGUGCGUGGGCAAAGACCAGUGGAUGCAGAACAUGGCAGAUGAGAACCUGCAAAGGCAGGUGGGGCUCUUCAUGGAGGGCCUUGAGUGUCAGGUGAGGACACUGUUCUGAAUCCAGUGGGCAGCGGGGAACCAUUGAAGGUUUAUGAGCUGUGGAGUAACAGGCUCUGAGCUGUGCUUUUGGAUGGUUAAAGGGGCUUUUGGAUGGACAAGGAGAAUGCCUUGUCCAAGAGGGAGGCAAAGACAGGGAGACUAGUUAAAGGGCUAUUCCCUAGUGGAGGGGGGCACUAACGGGCUGUCGGAGGGUGGUGGCAAGGGGGUGGAAGGUGCCCAUUCUCUCUUACUAACUGCCCCCUCAGCCUGAGGUUGGUUUCCCUUCUCUGUUUCUCUUUUUGUUUUCUGGGUUUUCCCAGUUUAAGCAAAGAAGGAAAUUCACAACAGGAGGCUCCCUCUUCCUCUCCCUCCUCCAGCCUGGCUGUCGCCUGGUCCAGAUUCUCCUCUGCUGACUUUUUCCAUACGGACCCCUCUGUAGGGGUGGGAGAUCUCUCUUUUUGCUCUAUCCCUAUGUUCAGAUGCUCACACUCAGGGAAGAGGGAGUUGUGCCUGAGCAGUUGGUUUGUUAAUGGUAGAAGCAGCACUGAUUUAUUCCUGAAGUUGCUCAGCACCAAGGGACCUGCAAAAGGAGGGGAGACCCUGCUCUUCCUCAAGGGAACUCAUUUUGAGUGCGCCUACAAAACCCACCACACUAGUGAAACGACUAGAGAUCUGUUGAGGGUUGGAAUAUUCUUUUGGCACAGAGAGGAUCAGUAAGCUCUUCUGCCUCACGCAGCUCACCAGAAGGAGGGUGGCUUAGAGUUUAGCUUCAGCCUAGACAUGGCACUUGGAGAAGGGAGAGUUGGGAUCCAGUUAAGGCCACUGUUGUCUAGUCUCCCCGAUUUGCAAUGGGGCAACUCUGGUGUUUCUCAGGGCAGGGGUAGGCUGUGGAGUCCAGACCCCACUUUCCUUGCACCUCCAGAGCUCUGAACAGGCAGCUCUUCUUCACGGUGACGUCCAUCGCGCCCGCGAGGGGGCCAGUGUCCCAAGGGAUUCUCAGGCCCCGCAGGUGACUCGUGGGGCUUGGAUGACCUUUUAGGCGAAGUCCGCCAGCCCUCCCCAGUGGGAGGGGCUCCAAGCACCCGGGCUCCACCCGCGCCCCCCAGAAGAUCGCCGAGUCCUGCCCCUGCCAGGCCCGGGACGCACCAUGGGACAACGGAUCGCCAAGUUGAUGGGAAUCUUCGGGAAACAGGCUUGAUGAAUGAGGUGGUCCACAUGGGUCCCACCAUUGGUAGCAACGUGGAGGAGAUUGUUCUGUGGAAGACCCACUUCUUCAUGUGGGACAUAGGGGGACAGGAGGCUCUGCGUUCCACCUGGAACACAUACUACUCCAACACAGAAUUCAUCAUCCUUGUCAUUGACAGCACAGACCGGGAUCGGCUGCUGACCGCACAGGAGGAGCUAUUUAAGAUGCUGGGUCAUGAGGCUCUACGAGAUGUUUCUGUCCUUAUCUUUGCCAGCAAGUAGGAUAUGGAGGAAGCCAUGACCGCUGUGGAGAUUUCCUGAUUCCUUACUCUCAGUGGCAUCAAAGACCACCCAUGGCACAUACAGGGCUGCUGUGCCCUCACCAGGGAAGGGCUGCCCACUGGGCUCCAGUGGAUGCAGUCUCAGGCCACUGACGACUGAUGUCCCAGCCUGAGGCCAACCAGAAACUCUGGAAGUUUUGCUUGGACUAUGUGGGUGGAAAACCCAAAUGACUAUUACGUUUUUAUGAUAAGAAGUGGGAGCAGGAUCAGGGAUGGACAGUGAGGUUGCCACAGUCCACCCAACCCCCACCGAGGAGCUAGACUGCCACCCUGAAUUGCUGUAGACAAGACAACAGAAAAAGCCACCCUUCACUCCAGGGGAGCAGGUGUCCUUGGAGCCACCAAAGAAGCUGUCGGAUGUGUUGGGGGAUUAGGAAGUGGAGUUCCUCCCCUUGCACCCAGAAAAGGUUCUGGGUGCUGAGGGGGUGGGAGAGCAGACUAAAACUCCUGAAAUUGCUCUUGACUUCCUAGAACCCAGCCCCAACCUCUUCACCCCCAUCUCAGCUUUCUGGCCCCUCAGCCAUCUUUGGGCAAAGGAGGUCCCACAAUGGUGAAAGGCAUAGGCUCAGGGAAAGGAAGUCAGAGCCCAAAUCUGGGGGCUGGGUGGGGUUGGCGGGGACAGUGGGAGGAGGACAGGGCAUCCCAUCUAGGAACAGUCCCUUGCAUUACAAGGAAGUCCACUCCUCCCUCACCUUUCCAAUCCCUCUUGAGAUGCUGGCUCCAACCACAGCUUUUGAACUUUAGGCCACCCCAUCGUGGGCCCUUCACUCCCAGUGUCCUUCCAAUGUGAAACCCAUUCCUCCCAAAUGUCCCAGAUUCCCCAGCAUCUGCUUAUCUCGUCUGUUGAACCAUUUCUGUAAUGAUUUUUUUUACAUUGUUUUAGGAUUUUUGCAAAGGUGUA